GGAAAGGAAAGUCCUAGUAUUGUCGGCCACGGCGGAUACUGCGAGAGAAGAUGUGGUCUCUUCUGGCAGUGCUGAGCCUGCUGUGCGCCCCUCUGCUCACCUUAUCUGCAGUAUACGACGCCCGCUACGGUCAGCUGACACACAGAGAAUUAGAGACGAGGAAGUUCUCCAGGUGCACUUCGUUUGGGUCCUUCCUUUUGGCAACUUUCAGGUCGUCUGGACGUGACGUCUUACGUGGAGAGCGACGAGGCCCAUGCCGUCAACUACUACGAGACCACGGGCAUCAUGUGCGCCAGGUAAGGGAAUCAGUCAGGAGGUUCGGCAAACCCAGGGUGGGGUCGGAGUGCGUCUGUCCGUCAACUACUACAGGGUCUUCUUCGAGCCCUCCUUCCAGAACACAGUCAAGCGGAAGCUCAUAUUCUUCACCGUCACACACUAUGGCAAGGACGCCUCCCUCCCUGGCGAGCACUGUGAGUGAGCCGAGCCGUGGUCACACACACCAACAGGCCAGGCUACGCUGCUGUGGUCAUCGCCUCGGUUGUGUGCGUGUUUGUGUGUGUCAGCGUCGUCAACUGCGUGGUUCGACACGGACCUGAACCCCAACCCCACGGCGAGUUUCGACAUCUGUGUCAACGACAACUCCACACACAGACUCGAGAACGGACAGAUGGCCGCACACCCCAACCUUCACGCUGACUGGUCGGUGGGUCGGGCGGUCGACCGAGCCGCUGGCCACAGGCACUUACUGUGGGUGCGGUGCAGCAUCUGUGUGUGUGUACGUGUGUGUGUGUCAUGUCAUGUAGGCUUGCCUUUGAGGAGAGGCCGUUCAUCGGUGCGGAGGCGGGGAGGCAGCGGUUCCCGGCGGACCUGAAGAAGAAGAUGCACCGUGGUUACCACUGCGAGUGGAUAGCCUUCGACCAGGCCUUCGAGGACGUCCCUCUCUUCUUCGCAUCCAUUGAGCACCAGGUCAUCGGCAUGAACCCCUACAACCACAGGUCAGUCAGUCAGUUCGACAGACGGACACAGACAGGAAGGAGACACCCGACCCCACCCGACCUGGCUGCUGCACUGCACUUGAUUUGAUGCCUUUGCACCUGCCUGGCUGUCACUGCAGUGACACCCUCUGGGCAGAGCAAGUGACACCAGGGGCGGCAAAGGUGAGAACAGACCAGCUCGUUUCUUCUCCACUCAGAGGCCGACACGUGCUUCAUCCAUCAUCAUGUGAUUGUUCGUCCAAUCAGCUGUGUCUGCGUGACGCACCCAUCUUCGAGACGACGGGCCACUUCUUCCAGCACGUCAACUGGAUGGCCUUUCCCACCCACGCCAUCCCAUCCAACGCCCAAGGCGGCACACACCGCAUAUCGUGGAAGCGGCCCGCCGACCUCUCAAGGCCCUUCGACGAAGCCAGCAAUGCGGUGCCCAGCAGCAAGAAGGAAAAGGUUCUCGCAUGCCAAGACGUCCUGUUCAAGACACCUUUCGAGACACUACCAUACGUCCAGGCAAGCGACCUGACCUGUGCGAUCGGUGCUGCCGCGAGACCAUUCCCGCCUGCUGCUCAUCCAUUUUGUCCAUUGUCCUGCCGUCUGUCUGCAGGCGAUGGUCAACCACAAGAGAAGCGGCGAUGACGACGAUCGGCGGUCGUUGGGGAGGGUGAGGCCGAUGGUUGGGAAGGGCAAGGGUGACAUGAGCGAGAGCAUGCCGCCCUCCCACGAGGCGCGCGAGGAGGCCACCACGAGCUGGGUGGAGCAGAUCAGCGAGAACGGCUUCAGGGUGUGUGUGGCCGAGAUGUGGUACACAGCCGGCGAUGGGCUGCACCGCGACCUCUAUGUCGACUGGCUGGCCUACGACGACACCUUCCUCAGGGACACCAAACACCUCAAGUACACACACACCACAGGCCAACGGCCCACACAGAGAUGCAUCUGGGGGGUGUGCCCUCCCUGCUGUGCUGUGCUGUUCAGGGCGAUGGAGUCGAUAUCAGCUGAGCUCAAGAUGAGCAACCUUGGCGUCAAAGACUCAGAGGAGGUCAGCUAUCCAUCCAUCCCGGUGUCUGUCUGCAGCCAUUUCAUUGUGUUUCCCUGUCUGUCCGUCUGGCUGCCCACCUGUGUAUGUGUCUUCCCUUCCAGGCCGAAGACAAGCUGCGCGCUUCCCUGGAGGACGCCCUUGUGGAAACAUCCGGUGUGUCAUCUGACCGUGUGUCAGUGCAAAUCGCUGAGAUUCGGGGCGAUGCGGCGGUGAUCCACUUCAGCGUCGACCCCGUCACCAAAUCCAAAAAGGUUUGUCGAGUGAGUCGUCAGGCAGUAGUGCCAUCUCUCUCUCUCCAUUAGUUAAGUGCACAAGUGAAUUCUUUCUUGUGGUGGCUUGGCUUUGCAGGUGGAGGAUGAUGACGACACAGGUCCUGGGGAUGCACCCCCAGAAGACGCCCUUGCCACCUUUGCAACCAUGGUAUCCGGCGGGCCGGGCUUGCGCGGGUCACAUCACGUCAGGCAGGUCACGUGCGUGGUUGUGUGUGUCUGUGUCUGAUCUGCAGCUCGCCGACAACACCAGUGACAUCUACCGGACGGCCUUCGGCGCCACCUACCUCUCAGACAAGACAGAAGAGGUCACACCAACACACAACACAACACGCCUCCCCUGACAUGGACAUGGGAGCUUCUCUCUCUCCCCUUUGGUCUGUCUGUCUCUUCAUUCAUUCAGGACAUGGAGCUGACAUUUUCUGCCGACUGUCUGGUGUCGCCCUGGAAGGCCUCCGGCCCGUGCAGCCAAAAGAAGUGCGGUGGCACCGGGGGGCAGCUGCCCAUGAAGAGGUGGGUGAUCAGGGAGCCCAUCAACAACGGCCGCGAGUGUCCGGCACUCAAGGUGGACCUCCAGUGCCACGCGGAGCCGUGUGCCAUGCCGCCGCUGACCAAGAAGAAGGAGGAGAUCGAGACCAUCCAGGCGUCGUCCAUCGAUGAUGAGGGCACCGAAGGUGGAACCACGGCAGAGGGCGACCGAAAGAAGGACAAAGAUGGUACGUAGGUAACCAGAGAGAGACACGUGUGUGUGGGGUGCUGACGAUGGAUACGUACGGGGAUUUGGGCGCUGGGUGUGUGUUUAGGUGCCGUGACUGUGGUCAAGACCAGCGGUGGCGGCUACCAGAUCCUCUCUUUCCCCAAACCUGGCGACCAACCAGAGGUCCGCACGCGGGAGGGAGGGAGGGAGCCAGACAAGACAGACAGAGCACCCAAACCCACCUGUCUGUCUGUCCUCUUCUUUAUAUGCCUCGCAGGGUCGUCUGUCCGGCGGGGCCAUCGCGGCCCUCAUCCUCACACCCCUCAUCAUCAUCGCAGGAUGCGUUGCCUUCUGUGUAAGUUAGCCCAAUAAAUAAAGGAUGGAUGGAGGCUUUACCCUACCCAACCACGCACACAUGCACACACAAUGAAUGUCGCUGCUGUUAUGUUGUGUGUGUAUGGUAUGCAGGCCUUCCGCAAGUAUCGGCUGGCGGGUGACUCGUCAGGCCUCGACGGCGUGCACAGCGCGGGCCGCAGCGGGCGGGCAGCUGCUGUAUCCGCAGGGGCCAGCCACGGGCAGACGAGCAUCUUCGGCAAGUCGACCGAGAGCUACCGGCCCCAGGUGGACGAGGCCACGCCCCACCACCCGUCCGACAGCUCCCGCAGCACCGUCGCCACCAAGGCCACAGACGCGGACGCCAGCCCAAACGCGCCACACAAGGCCGACAUGAUGGCCUGACCUGAUUGACAUCAGGGAGGGAGGGGAGGGGUGUUGCAAAGCGAUGGGGCGGUGGGUGGUGUGGUUCUCCCUGGGAGUUUUUUCCCUAUGUCAGUCAGAUUGAUGCCAGGUAGUGUGGAUGUGAUGUGUUUUUCUGUUGUGAAUUCGGUCGGGCAUACCUGCGUGCCGUGCCGUCACGGCAUGUGAUACCUAGUCGCAUAAAACCAGCUGCCUGGCUGCCUCCUUGCCUGGCUGCCUGGCUGUCAGCUGACUGACGUGUGGUGAAAACUGCUGCAGUCCAUGUAGAGACUUGUAGAGCUGAGUGUGUGCGUGUGUUGUGUGUAUAUGGAUUUUCCAUACCGCUCCCUCCCGCUGAGCUUUUCUGUCCAGUCAUUGGCACUCGCUUAAG